CAACUUUUAGUUUUUACUUCGAUUUUGAACUGUAUUGCUUUUAGAAGAGAGUUGACACUAUUUUCCUUGUUGAUUAAAAGAUAAAGGAACUGUAGCUUCUUUUUGGUUGUAUGUGAAUAUAUGGAACUGCAAAUGAUUUAAUUGUGUAGUUUGUUGCAAGUAAGGAUUAUCGAAUUGCUUCCCCUCCCCCCCAACACCCAAAAAAAAAAAAAAAAAAAGGCGGUAAAUUUCAGGUUUAGAGAGUUUAAUAUUCAUAUAUUUAAAUUUGAAUUAUGAUUUUUCUUAUUUCCAAAUUUUCUAUGUUGAAUACAGUGCCUUAAUUAUCUAACAAACUAGCUUAUUGUCUAAAAGACUGGUGAAUAGUAAUCAACUUUACUAUGCUUAUUGCUUAAGAAUGAACUAGAUGCUUUAUUCUUUCUAUUUUUGAUGCUAAUUUUGCAGGAUGGAUACACUGUAAAAACCUGCGUAUGGGCGUUAUGAAGGCUCAGCAUACUUGUAAAUGCUUAAGCAAUAAGAAAUAUUGCCGGUGAUUUUGAGUUAAAAUGUAUGUAACACCCAUUGAAGUUGACAUUGACGAAAUGGGUUAUUCCAUGAGUAGAUUGGAUAUAGAAUCUGACUACUUUGACGGUGAUAAGUCCAUCAGUGAAGCUAGUAACAGUCAUAAUAAAAUUAAGAAACCUUUGAAUAAUUUAGAUCAUGAGAUUGCCCAGCUCACAAAGCUAAAAUCUACACCACACGAGAAGCUGAGCAAAGUAAUACCGGGGAAGCAGGGCUUGCCUGUCUCUGUGGUAAAGAUGUUGGCAGCUAGAGAAGGUAAUUAUUCAGGAAGAGGGAGGUUUUCAUCGGUGGAUUGCUGUCAUAUUCUAAGUAGAUAUUUGCCAGUCAAUGGACCUUGGCUUGUGGAUCAGAUAACUAGCAGAGCAUAUGUCUCUCAGUUUUCAGCUGAUGGUUCUCUGUUUGUUGCUGGAUUUCAGGGAAGCCAAAUUAGAAUAUACAAUGUGGAGAGAGGAUGGAAACUACAGAAGGACAUCCAUGCCAAAAGUUUGCAUUGGACAGUUACAGAUACAUCUCUAUCUCCAGAUAAACGCCAUAUAGUUUAUGCAAGCAUGUCACCUAUUGUCCAUAUUGUUAAUGUUGGUUCUGGGGCAACAGAGUCUCAUGCAAAUAUUACGGAGAUACACGAUGGAUUGGACUUCUCUGCUGGUAGUGAUGGAGGAGGUUAUUCUUUUGGAAUCUUUUCUGUGAAAUUUUCAACUGAUGGGCGAGAACUUGUUGCUGGAAGUAGUGACGAUUCUAUAUAUGUUUAUGAUCUUGAAGCAAAUAAGCUUUCUCUUAAAAUUUUGGCACACACGUCUGAUGUUAACACUGUGUGUUUUGCUGAUGAAAGUGGCCAUCUAAUUUAUUCUGGGAGUGAUGAUAAUCUUUGUAAGGUGUGGGAUAAACGUUGCCUAAAUGCAAAAGGGAAGUCAGCAGGAGUCCUGAUGGGACACUUAGAAGGGAUUACAUAUAUUGAUACCCGUGGAGAUGGUUGUUAUUUUAUCUCAAAUGGUAAAGAUCAGACUACCAAACUUUGGGAUAUUCGGAAAAUGUCCUCUAAUGCUACCUGCCAUGUGAGGCUUAGGAAUUAUGAAUGGGAUUAUAGAUGGAUGGACUACCCAUCCCUGGCAAGAGAUUUGAAACACCCAUCUGAUCAGUCGGUGGCUACAUAUAGAGGUCAUUCCAUCCUGCGUACUCUUAUCCGUUGCUACUUUUCGCCUGCAUAUAGCACUGGCCAAAAAUAUAUCUACACUGGAUCCCAUGAUUGUUGUGUUUAUGUUUAUGACUUGGUGAGUGGAGCGCAAGUUGCUGUACUAAGGCACCAUACUUCACCUGUAAGAGAUUGUAGUUGGCACCCAUAUUACCCGAUGCUAGUUAGCUCUUCUUGGGAUGGAGAUGUUGUGAGAUGGGAAUUUCCGGAGAAUGGAGAAGCUCCAAUGGCUAUGACCAAGAGGAGAAUCCGGAGGAGACAGUUUUUCCUGUGAUAUGAGAUGACUAUGCAAUAAGAGUCAAGCAUGUCCAUAUAGCUGUACAGAACAAACCAAUAAUGUAAAGAGUAUAAUCUUGAAAAUUUGUAUAAUUUUCCUGAAUAAGGGUGUAGUUGUAGAGCACCCCAUGCGAAUUACCUUGUAAGUAUUUAUUUGUUUAUUUAUUAUCGCCCAAUAAGAUACCGUU